ACGGACCUUACGAGCUCACAUAACCAGUGGCAAAUUGUUAAUUAUAUAUCGCAAUAAGACUUGAAAGAUAUGAAAUAAUUUUAAUGAAUUUUUUUAAUUUGAACAUAAGUAGAAAAAAUGAAUAACGAGCAGAUGAAAAUUGAAGAGCCAGAUUUACUGACAGAAGUACCACCUAUUCUAAAGAGAUUAGCUAAAACAGUUGCAUAUGCUCUUUACGAGCCUGAGCAAAUUGUUACUAUAAACAUAUUAACAAAAUAUCCGUGUAUUGAUGAAGACACACUUAUGGAAAAACUUCAAUUUGAUAAAAGGCAAUUAAGACAAGUUCUCGGACGACUAAAAAACGAUAAAUUAGUAAAACAAAGAGUUGUUAAAGAAAAACAGCAAGACACUGGUGUUUUAAAUGUGUAUAAUUUCUAUUUUAUUAAUUACAAUUUGUUUGUUAACGUAGUAAAAUAUAGAUUAGAUCAUAUGCGAAAAAAACUAGAAAAUGAAGAACAACAAGCAAAGAAUCGUCCAUCAUUCCAGUGUGAGCAGUGCAGUAAAACAUUUAGUGAUUUAGAGGUUGAUCGAUUGCUUGAUUUUUCCACUGGCUUGUUUAAGUGCACUUUUUGUAAUGGUCUUGUUGAAGAGGAUGUUAGUUAUAUAAAAAAUUACAGUAGCAGUUCAUCUUUAGCAAAAUUUAAUGAACAACUAGAAACUAUUUUUAAAUUACUUCGACAAUGUGAAAAUAUAAACCUUGCACCUGAAGUAUUGGAGCCUACUCCUUCAACUGCUGCAUUAAAGAUGUCAUCGUCAGCAAAGUCACAUUCACAUUCAAAAUCUGGUUGGUCUAAUGAUCGUAAAUCAAUUGAUAUAUACAAUCAAAAAAUACAGAUAAAUGUUGGUGCUGAAGUUGAGCAAGCUGAAGCAAAAGUCAUUAAAGAACUUCCUGUAUGGCUAUCACAAAGUACUGUUUUUGAAGAAAAAUCAAACGAGAAUUUUUUUACCAACACCUCUGAUAUCAAAGCCAAUAUCGAUAAAAAUAAUGGAGUAACAGAAGAUCAUGAAAUAAUGUCAGACUUACUUGUUUAUGAAUCUUCUAGUAAAAAACCAAGGUUAGAAAGCCCUGCUGAGGUUACAGCACAUGAAAGUUCAGAUAGUGAGCCUGAUUCAGAUAUUUUUAGUGAUGUCUUAACAAAAGAUGUUAAAAAGAGUGAGGAUGAAGAUGGUGAGGUUACUGUUCGAGUUGGAGAACUAAAAAUUCCACUUUCUGAAGUUAACGAUGAUAUUAUUUCUAAAAUGUCUGACAGUGAGCGAGAUAUAUAUUAUAAACUAUACAAUGAGGCGUAUGAACAAUUUUAUUGAUAAUUUUUAAAAUUAUUGAGUUUAAAACAAUUUUAUAUAAAAUAGUUGCUACUUUAAAAGUCUCUGCUAUACAUCAAGAAUUAUUAUACAAAGUUAAAGAAUAAAAGAAUAUUGUUAUAAAUGUCACAUUAAUGCACUCAUAACCACCAUUUUUGAUUAUUUUGUAGAUCUCUAGGACUUUUUAAUCUACUUUAAAAAUUUAUUUUUAUAAGUUCUUUAAAGUCUAAAAUGUAAUUUUAACUCUUGACUCGAAAAAC